AGUUUUCAGCCAUUUUUAUUUCUUUUCAAUUAUUACUUUUUCUUAAAAAAUCAGUUUAGUUUAUCUAUUUCUUCUUUUCAAAAUAUAUAUGUAUAUAUACAUUUCUUUUAAUUCCCAAACUGAUUAAAAAACAAAAUAUGGAUAUAUAUGUAACUUUCCUUUUUCAAACGACUGUGUUGACCAGCGACCCCAAAAAAAGGGGCAAAUCAAAAACAAAAAUAAAAACAGAAACAAAAUGGAGUGAAUCGUAAAUGAUUCUCUACUUCGCCUACUGCUUCUAUAUGCAACAUAAUUACGUUAUUUUAUUUUAUAAAAAAAUAAAAUAAAUACAUAUUAAAAACAGUAUAUAUUUUUUUGGUAAUUAGUAUAUAUUUAAAAAAAAAAAAAAAUCAAUCACCCUUUCUUGCGCUACAGAACAACCUCGGCCAGUUGGCUUUCCGAUUUGUCUUUCCUUUUUCACGCGUGUUCAUCUGAUUAUUUGGAAAAAGAAUGAAGAGGUCCAGGGAAGAUGACAAUGUCGACCUUCUUGAUCUUCCUCAUACCAUGAGGAUGCGAGAAGAACAUAGCCUCAGUUCCAAAGGCUGUUCCUGGCUGAGAGGUUCAAUGAUUGGCAAAGGUAGUUUUGGGUCGGUCUUUCUGGCCUACAACAACAUUCCCACUUCACGCUUCAAGGAUUUUCCACAUGUUAUGGCUGUCAAAUCGGUGGAAGCCACUUCUUGCUCUGAGCUUGUUAAAGAGAAGAUUCUUUUGGACAUUGUCAAGGAUUGUCCGUUCAUCAUUCAAUCUUAUGGGGAAGAUGUAACAGUGGGUUACAAGGGUAAAAUAAUUAUCAAUUUGUUCUUGGAAUAUGCUUCUGGAGGUUCACUGAUGGAUUUUAUUGAGAAAUCCAAAGGAUUUGGGUUGGUUGAAUCUCAAGUUAUAGGGCCUACUGAAUCAAUUCUUAAAGGAGUUAAACGCAUCCAUGAAGCUGGGUAUGUCCAUUGUGAUUUGAAGCCACAAAACAUUUUACUUGUCCACCAAGAAAACUCCUCUGCCUCUGCCUCUCCUUUUGUGGCCAAGAUUGCAGAUUUUGGUCUUGCAAAGGCAGCUCAAGGGCUUACCAGGAGGUCCCAAAUGAAAGGAACUCUUAUGUAUUUAUCGCCUGGCGUGAACUUUGGUAUCCAAGACCAGCCCUCUGAUAUCUGGGCUCUUGGUUGUAUUCUGCUAUAUAUGUUGACUGGAAGAAACAUAUGGGAUUUGAAAUCUGGGGAAGAAAAUCAUGAGCUUAAAGAGAGGAUUUCAGAGGAUUCUCCUGAAAUUCCAAAUGGGUUAUCCAAAAAGGCUAAGGAUUUCUUGAAGCGAUGCUUUAUGAGGAGUCCAUCGGAUAGACCCACUGCUGAUAUGUUGCUGAGCCAUCCAGAACAAAGGAGAUAAUGAUGAUGAUGACAAAGAAGAGCUACUGUCAGUGCAUUCAGUGCAGGCUUCAUCUUUGCCAUUGUCUGAGCCCGAUGAUGAACUCAGAGCUAGCUUUAUACCUCUUGUAAGCUCAAGCUUUGGAGAAACAGAGGAGGUUCAAGGAAAUAUAACACGUGCAAUCUCAGACAAGCCAUCCGUUUUUGCCAUCUGUAGUGCAGCAUAGAUUUAUGUAUCUAAAUGUGUAGACAAAUGAUUAUGUACAUCCUUUCUGAUCUAUUUUCAUAAAUUCUUUUUUAAUGUAUAUCCUUUUUUAUCUAUGUUUCAUAAAAUUCUUUUUUAAUGUAUAUCCUUUUUGAUCUAUGUUUCAUAUCAUUCUUUUAA